GCGCAGGAGGCGGGGAGAGGCGGAGAAAGGCGGCCGAGCAUCGCUCCGGAGGGGACGCGGCGGGUCAGAAGUCCGGGAGGGAGCCGCGCCAGCCCCGAACUCUCGCCGGGGCGACCGUGAUGCUGCAGAUCUGGCGGGAGCUCCUGGUCGCGGCCGCUGCCUUCUCUACUCCGGAGACCCCCAGCGCCCGCCUUCUGCAGGGGAAACGACCAUGGCUCUAGGUCGUGACUUGCCCGCCGGUCGCUUCCCCUAGAGAGGAAUCCUUGAAAAAGUUACCUUUUCCAAAAUCCUUGCACUGACCUUUGGGGCCGUGGGGGCCGAAGCAGCAGUGCGUGCGCCCGUGAGCCAGGAAGAGACACAAAGGUGUGCGUGUGCAUGGGGGGCCGGCCGCGCGCAGACCCUUGGCUGCCCCUGAGCCCCGCGGCGUCCUGAGGCUCCGGCCCCCGCCCCCGCCCCGGACACUGGGCUGCUAUGAGCCCCUGCGGGCGCGCGCGGCGGCAGACGUCCCGCGGGGCCAUGGCCGUCCUGGGGUGGAAGUUCCCGCGCACCCGGCUGCCCGUGGGGGCCAGCGCCCUCUGCGUGGUGGUCCUCUGUUGGCUGUACAUCUUCCCUGUCUACCGGCUGCCCAAUGAGAAGGAGAUCGUACAGGGGGUGCUGCAGCAGGGCACGGCGUGGCGGAGGAAUCGAACGGCCGCCCGGCUCUUCAGGCGACGAAUGGAAGACUGCUGUGACCCCGCCCAUCUCUUCGCUAUGACUAAAACGAAUUCCCCCAUGGGGAAGAGCAUGUGGUACGACGGGGAGUUCUUGUACUCGUUCACCAUUGACAAUUCUACGUAUUCUCUCUUCCCUCCGGCAACCCCCUUCCAGCUGCCAUUGAAGAAAUGCGCGGUGGUGGGAAAUGGUGGGAUUCUGAAGAACAGUGGCUGUGGCCGGCACAUAGAUGCAGCAGAUUUUGUCAUGCGAUGCAACCUGCCUCCCUUGUCGAGUGAAUACACUAAAGAUGUUGGAUCCAAAAGUCAUUUGGUGACAGCAAAUCCCAGCAUAAUUCGGCAAAGGUUUCAGAACCUCCUCUGGUCCAGAAAGACAUUCGUGGACAACAUGAAAGUCUACAACCACAGUUACGUCUACAUGCCAGCCUUUUCUAUGAAGACAGGAACUGAGCCAUCCCUCCGGGUCUAUUAUACACUGUCAGAUGUUGGUGCCAAUCAAACAGUGCUUUUUGCCAACCCCAACUUUCUGCGUAGCAUUGGAAAGUUCUGGAAAAGUAGGGGAAUCCAUGCCAAGCGCCUGUCCACAGGACUCUUUCUAGUGAGCGCAGCCCUGGGGCUCUGUGACGAGGUGGCCAUCUAUGGCUUCUGGCCCUUCUCUGUGAAUAUGCACGGGCAGCCCAUCAGCCACCACUACUAUGAUAACGUCCUGCCCUUCUCUGGUUUCCACGCCAUGCCAGAAGAGUUUCUCCAGCUCUGGUACCUUCAUAAAAUUGGUGCACUGAGAAUGCAGCUAGACCCGUGUGAGGAGCCGGCUCUCCAGGCCACUUCCUAGGACAGUGGAAGAAGAGGGUACUGCGCCAGGGUAUUUGUUAGGUUUUCUCUACUCAAUUCCAAAGGGCAACGGUCAGGUUGUUUUGUGGAUUCAUAUGUGCCAUUUGGAAAGAUGAGAAAAGGCCAAGAAAAACUCAA